CAAAUAAUGCAGAGCAAGAGAAAAAGGAGGAUUUCUACAGACAACUUCAAUCAACACUGGACAAGACGUCAGUUGGCGAUAUCAAAAUUCUAAUGGGUGGUGUGACAUGAAUGCCAAACUGGGAGGGGACAACACAGGAAGAGAACUAACCAUGGGUCGAGAGGCGCUAGGUGAAAUGAAUGAGAAUGGAGAAUUGUUUGCAGAAUUCUGUGCAUUCAACGAUUUGGUGAUUGGAGGCAGUGUGUUCAGGCACAAAGAUAUCCACAAAGCGACAUGGAUUUCACCAGAUGGACACACUAAAAAUCAAAUCGACUUUAUCUCAAUCUCAAGAAAAUGGAGACGCAGUCUACUUAACACAAGGUCAAGAAGAGGAGCAGAUGUAGGUUCAGACCACUAUCUAGUGCAAGGAACCUUCCAAAUCAAGUUAAAAGCCUUCAAGGAAGCUGGUGAUAGACCUCAAUUCAAGUACAACACUCGGAAACUGAAGGAUGAAACUACAAAGGAGAUCUUCAAGGCAGCCAUCAAGACAAAAUGGGAGACAUCGAGGAACAUCCCUGA